AUGAACACGACAACUGCAAUGGUAGAGGACUCGGCUCCACCCGCAGCCGCGGCAGUGACAGCCGUGGAAGCGACCGCCACUCCUGAAGUGCAAGCAACAGCCGAAGCCACGGCCACAGCAACGUUGCCUUUACUACGCAAUUGGUUGGCAUCGACUGAGGCCACAGCAACAGCGACGGCGGAACCAGCGACGGCAGAACCAGCCACUCCUCCCAUGGCUCCCAUUCAACUGCUGGAUGACCGGGUGCAGAGAUCUUCGAGAACGUAUCCUGUGGCACGAGGCAUCCUCGACGUUGUCGGUGCCGUGGCGGAACAUAUUCAUGAUCAUAUUUAUGAUCAUAUGUAUCAUGUGCGACCAGAACCUGAUAGCGGUUUGCAUCAGCAAGCUCCUCAAGCACCCAUUGAAUGCCUUAGUAUUCGAAGUGAAGGAGGAAUUCUAUCUUCGUCUGUAGCACCAGCAUCAGCACCAGCACCACCAAGAACAACGGCAACGUCACUGCCAGUUCCCAAUGCUCCACCCGAGUCUGUCCGAAGUGUUCCUCCCAUGGACCGCGGCAGUAUAGAAGAACUCAAUGAAGACCAAUUUGUUCUCAUUGAUGGAGACUUGAUCGUCAUUCCGCCAGUCUGUCCUCCCAAUGAACAAGAAAGAGAAGGACUCGAGGAAUACCAAAGAGACAGAGAUUACAUCACUCGACCAAGUUGUCAGCCAAAACCCAUGCGAAAGGGAGUCAGAGGAUUCAAAAAAUGGCUCAAAAAAAGAAUACCACGCAAAGAAAAAAGUGACAAACACAACCACAGUAGUCGAAAAUCAAAACAAUCACACGAAGAAUCCAUUGCUACCGCAAACAGCCCCAAUGUAUCACUGUGCGAGUUUACCACAGAACCUGGCGAUUCUCUGCCAAAUUCGUCUUUACAGGCGACAAAUGCUACCGGUAAUCCGACGGUCCACAAAAGAUCACCACGCAACAAAUCACCCAUGAGAGCAUGGAAAAUCAAACGUGACAAACACAAGGAUACCACUGGUACUAACACUACAACUGCUGCUCAUGACAAACGUGAGGGAGGAGAGUUCAAAAAGAAACGAAGAAGUUGGAGGAGACCCGAUUCACGAGGAACAAAAACGACUCCACCAGCCACACCCCCACAUCAACAGCAAAAAGCAUCAUCAAAUGAUGUGGCUAGUUUGGUGGCGUCCGCGCCACCCGCCACGGAUGCUGCCACAGCUUCCUAUCCACCGGCAUCCGCUGAGCCUUUAUCGGCGUCCGUGCCCAUUCCGCCCAACAGUGGUCAUGCGGCAGCGGCUGCUGUCAUGCCGGAACCCCCACAUUACUCAGAACGACAACACGAUCCAUACCAUCAUAAUUUGACACUUGAACAACAACAAUUGCAGCCGCCCUCACACGCUGCCUUUGCGGCUUCCUAUGACUCCUUGCCAUCACAAAAUGCAUAUGCUUCCUAUGAUUCACUCGAUCAAGCACAUCACCAACAACAACAGCAUGAAGCGUAUGCAUACGAUGCCCUGGCAGCUCCUACUCCUCCAUUGCCGCCAAUGUCAGGGCCGUCAACACAACAUAUUUCAAGUGUGCAGGCUAGUUUUGUCGGAAAUGCUGAUCAGGUUUUUGAAGCUGAUGUUAUUGGAGCUACUUGUGCAGAAGCAUACAUUGAAUCGGCAUACUACGCCGGAGAUGACAAGAAGGAUGAACCAUCGUAUUCACUUCUCUCACCAGAUGCUGAUUACAAAGUCGACAAAGCCGAUGCUCCCGAUGUAGAGUAUAUGUUGAGACGCGCCGCUCAAGAAUCCGCCAAUGACGUCCUAGAACCAGAUGAAGCCAUGGAUAACAAUGGAUUGGAUCCUUUGGCCAUGCCAUCAUCCGUGCCGUUCACGUCGCCAGGCAAGAGUUCGGGCAUGUCCUGUCCUCUCAGCACUGCAAAAGUCACCGACGAAACUGUUCACAACGAUGUCCUCAAAGUUGUCAUGGUAGGAGCUCCCAAUGCCGACAAAUCGACACUCGCAAGAGCCAUUCGACAAUCCAAUAAAAAGCCCAAACGGCGCACCACUCUGGGUGUGGACGUACAUUCCUGGACUCCAGAUAUGAGCGGUCAGGAGCAGGUCAAGUUCUCCAUUUGGGAUGUCCAGGGAGCCUCGCGAGAAGAUGGAAGUGCCAAUUUCGGGGCAAAUCCCGGCAUUCAAUCCUUGUUCUUCUCGGCGAAUGCGCUGUAUUUGUUGGUGUGGGAUCUGGCGUCUGACAAUAUGAAAACGUAUGGGCAGAACAUAUGGGCCAAACUUGAACAGGAUGAAGACGACGACGAAGAUGAAGACGAUGAUGACGACGAAGAAGACAAUGAGUUCCUCUUUGAAGAAGCCAAGCGUCAAGCAGAUCUUGCUCUCCAAGCUGAUAUCGAAAAGCGAGUGCUGUCAUGGGUAGAGUGCAUUCGGAAACGAGGAUCUGGAUCGUCGAUCCUUCCCGUAGCUGUCAUUCCAGAGCAUAUGUCCACUUCGGAAGCAAAGCGCAGGUGUGACAUGAUGCAGAAUCUGUUGGAACUCCAUAUUGACAAGUACCAGAAUGACCCAACCAUGCCCAAAUUGCUGAUUGGAAUGGAUAACGUAAUGUGCGUGAGCCUGGCCAACAACGGAGGGAUCCAUGAAUUGCAAGAAACACUGAUUGCCAUUGCCGCAGAUGAAGCUGUCUUUGAUCAUGUUGGGACGCCCGUGCCUGGCUCCGUCGCGAGAGUUUUGGAUACCGUCCGGCGGCUCAAACAAGACCACAAGUUGGUUCGUGUGGACCAUUUGAUGUCUGAGCUCGGCAAACACAUCCCCAGCUAUGAGGAGAUUACACACGCGCUGCAUUUUCUGUCGAGCAUUGGCGAAUUGCUGUAUUUUGGGAAUGACCAUGACGAACUUCUCUCUCGAUACAUUAUACUGAGUCGAAAGUGGUUUGUCUCGGCACUCAGUUGUAUUUUGAGAAAUGACUUGAAACGAGAGCUGUCGGAGACUCGGCGGUUCAUGAAUAUGCAGUGUAUCUAUUCCAAUCAGCAGUUCCCGGAAAGCUCGGUUAUACAAUCCCUGACGGAUGGGAAUGCAUCGAGCUGUCCCUUGUUGAGUUCCACGGACACAAACAUGUUGUGGCUGAGCAUGCAGUUCAUGAGGGAGGCCGCCGAUCGAUCGUCUCAGUUGUCGGAGAACUCCACAACCUCGUCAACAAUGUUCGGUUUCCUCGAGCGUUUGCUGGUGCAGUCGGGCGUGUUUCUGCCACUGAAUGUUUCGAAUGGUUUGGGCGACCCCGAGGUAUACUUUGUUCCGAGCCUCUUGGCGACAACCACAGAUAAUAACGAUGUCUGGACAUUCAAAUCGAGCGAAAGUUGGAUGACAACUUUGUGUCAUUCUUGGCUGUUCAGGGACGGAGCACCCUGUGACUUGAUGGAGCACAUCACUGUGGCUUUAGUGCGCGAUAUUCAUGCUUUCUCAAACACUUUUGCGACACUCGAAAAGACCCCUCCCCAUCGUACCCAAACUUUCCCUUUGGUCCGCUCCGGAGCCAACGACUUCCUCCAAGCCCACGAUUCCGAGGCGAUUGGGCGCAUCCGAAUCCACCAAAUAAUGUGCUGGCAAUCGUCCUUUUUGGUCAAGAUCGGCUCCAUCUUUGCCGAUUCUGACAACGGCGAGUUGAAAGAGAGCUUCACCGAGGUCUUUGUGACCCUGGUGGAUCAGAGUUCCAGCCACUGUGUUGCUUCGGAUGCCAUGCGUGCAACCAUGCAACGAUUGGUCGUCAGUGGCAGAGGGCAGGCGGGAUCACACGGUGCCAAGCUUUGGCGAGGUGGCCUUGAGGUGGUAAUCGGCUCAAUCCAAAAAACGCUUGGCGAUUUCUCCAACAUUGACCGACAGGUCGUUUGCCCAGAAUGCUUGGCUCACUCGCAACCCAGAAAUGCCAGCACAUGGAGUUGGGACAGUGUCAAGGCUGCUGCCGAAAGCGGCUCUUCAAUUGUCCGAUGUAUCCGAGGGCACCGCGUCGACUCGAACUUAAUUUGUGGGACCGUCAAGCGGCAAGAUCCGUCUAAGAUGGAGGACCCCUCUAAGAUGGCCAUUAAGCCAGUGCCAGAGUUGCUCCCCAGUGUUGUUCUGGUGGGUCUCUGGGACGUUGCCAGCAAGGAGAUUCGCAAUGUUGGCUCUGGAUUUGUUGUCGACAAGAGGCUUGGGUUGAUCUUGACGGCCGGCCACGUGCUUUUUGAUAUGACCGAAGGAAAAAAUUUCGGCGCCCCUUACUUUGGGCUGAAGAACGCAAGAGUCGUGAUUGGCGUGAUUCCGGAAGGCGGCCAAAAACACAACGCUGUCUACCGCUACUUUGCUGAGAUUAUAGCGGACGACAUUAGCUCCGUUGAUGCAUGUGUGGUCCGAUUGACGUCGAAGCUGCACGGUGACAUCAAUGGAGACAUGUCCCAGCAACCAGGGGAAGCUUUUGGUGAGAGCCCACUGAAUCUCGAGGCAAUUCACCAGGAGAGUCUCAAAACCCUCAAGCUGACAACCCGCUUUGAGCUUGAGGAAUCAGUGAGGAUACUGGGAUUCAACCAGGGUGGGGAGGGUGUACUGGAGCAAGGAAAACAUGUAAACCGAUCGGCGGACUUUGCAAGGGGUUAUAUUGUCAAGAAGUUCGUCGCCCCGCCAAUGUCAGAGGACGACAGCAGCCACAGUUCAGAACAGAGCACCAAAUCGAUGUGCUUUGUGCCCCGAGAAGAGGUUGUGGUGAUUUGCCCAACAAUAGCAGGACAUAGCGGGGGUCCUUGUGUGAACAAUGAUGGCAGGGUUGUUGGAAUCUUAAGCCGUGCAGAUCCCGGAGAACGACAACGAUGCUACUUGGUUCCAGCGAGCGAAAUGAAAGACCUCGUGAAGAAGGCAAAGAAGCAUUUCACAAGGCCGUCCAUGAUGUUGUAG